AUGACAAUCUCAACUAUCUCACGGACCUUUACGACCGCACGACUUGUAUGCCGUCCAGUGGGUAGCAACUUGGAGAAAAUACGGAUACCGUCAAGGCAGCUAACAAGAAGGGGGUUCUUGACAGUUAUUCAGCAAGGACACGAGGGCUGGCGUUUGAGCCUUGGUAGGGAUCCAGUUAAGCUGACGCCAGGGUUGAACAUUAAGAUACCGUUAUAUCACACAUUGACCGUGUUGGAUAUACGUGAAUCGUCUGUCAACAUCCCGAAUCUUCCUGGGUAUACAGCCGACAAUGUUCCUGUAUUGUGUUCCGGCUCCCUCUUCUAUCGCAUCAACGACAGUUAUAAGGCUUGCUUUGAAGUCUCUGAGGUCGAGAAGAAUGUACAAAACAUCGGGACAUCAGCCAUGAGAAGUGUUCUAGGCUCAUUUACAUAUGACCAAGUGAUCGCGGACAGAAACGAGCUGAACAGGAAGCUCAAUGUGACGAUAGGCAACUCAAUUUCGAACUGGGGCGUAGAAUGCACCAGAUUUGAAGUGCAGUCAUUCCAACCCGCAAAUCGCGAAGUAGAGCGACAACUCGAGUUACAAAUGGAAGCAGAACGUAACCGUCGCAAACAGCUUCUAGAUACUCAAGCCCAAAUAAACAUUGCAGAAGGGCAGAAACAACGGGUCAUUUUGGAGAGUGAAGGACACCUUGAAGCGAAAUCGAAUGAAGCGGAUGCAAAGUACAAGACAGUUUUUAGAGAGGCAGAGGCGAGACAACAGCAAGCCUUGAUGGAAGCGUCAGCACUUUCUCAACAAGUCGAAAACAUUGCUCGCUCGCUGGCGCCUAAUUCCAACCCCGACGAGGUGACAAGCGAACACCGAAAACUGGCGCUCGCUACGCUCGUUGAACUCAAGCGGUUGGAACAACUGCGGGCCAUCGCUGAAAGUAAAAGCAAUUCAACAUAUUUUUUCGGAGACAAAGCUGCUGGACUUGGGAGCCCAAACGAUGCCUUCAACAUUGAUUAUGCCCAAAACGUAAAGGCUGCGGUAUCAGAUGGUGGAAGGGCCUCGAAGAAUACCUCUAGCAAUCCGAUUACAAGUGGGGCCAUCCUUUAG